AUGGUGAGUCUCAAAAUGGACAAGUUGGAAAGGGCUUCUGGAAUCAGGAGUAAUACCUUGUUUAGGUCUCAGCAAACAGCAACCACACCUCUGGGGCAACUGGCCCCAGCUCCUUCUGUGUCCUAGAGCACCCAACCGAGCAGAGCUGACAACCACUGCACAAAGGGCUACUUGGGCCUGGUAUACAUCAUCAGUAUUAGAAGAAUAUUCUUGGUAAAAGUAAAAUCAGGUCCAUUUCCAACUGCCCACUGCCCAAGCUACAGGAAAGGGAAGAAAAAGAGUAUCACUCUCAUGAUUUUUUUAAAUGGAAAACGAAAUCAUCUGAAACCUUCACCCCCUUCAGCCUUCCCAAGGACGUACCAGAACCUGAGUUUCCUUAAGGACCAUGACCAAAUGGGUAAGAGAAAGGAGCAGAAGCCACUGCCAAACUAUGUUCUAUUCUCAAGCAAAGUUCCCAAUUCAACCAACCAAACUACUGGCAGCCAAAUGAAGCUUGGCAUGGCUCUGGUAGAUAUUAUCUUCAGCAGUGGUACAGGAAAGAGGAAACUUGAGGGUGAGCUCCAGAUUUCUUAG